AUGCGGCCGCCCCAGAAAGUGGACUUCGUGCUCACGGACCUGGACGCCGCCCACGCGGCGGCGUCCGCGCUGAAGGCCGGCGACCGCGUCGCGAUCGCGCCAUCGGAUGACGGCCCCGCGUGCACCACGCCGCGCGGCACGUGCCUGGGUCGCGUGCCGGACGGCGCGCUGGACGAGUUCCAUCCGGGCAUGGCGCUGGAGGCGAGGGUGCAGAGCGUGCGGCGGGCGCAGGGGGGGGCGGGGGUCAGGGAGGUGACCGUGAGGGUGAGGAAGGCCACGGCGGCGGCCGCGAGGCAGGUUGAAGCUGUGGAGGAGCCUGAAGAUGAAGACAACUGGAGGGUAAAGCAGCAGCAGUUCGAGCUGCUGGUUGGCUCGGAGUCGUUGAGGCUGAUGUUGAAGGAUGAGCGGCUCCAAAAUGCCAUCCGUCUUGUGGACACGGCGCCUGAAAGGGAACAGGCUCUCGAUGCCGCCAUGACAGACCCGGCCUUCAGGGAGUUCACAGACAAGUUGCUGGAUGCCAUUCACCCUGGCUGCCCCAGCAAGGGUAGCUGA